AUGCGUCUCUUUGCCAUCGAGAUCGGGACUGCGCUCACCUUAGCAUCCGUCAAGAGCGACUCCAUAGCUGCCACCUUGACGACACCAGCAGCUCACCCCCGACCUCAACCCCUUUCGUCGGCCCAUAACCGCGUCGAUGUCGUCGUGCCCGAACGAAAGCUGCAAGAACCAGAUGGGAUGACUGUUUACGGUGCGAUAUCGUCUGAAGAAUGGAAUCGAAAGCGUGAAGCGAUUGAGUCGUGGAUAGCAAACCCCACAGAGACACUUCGGAAUGCAGAUAUCAUGAGAGAAGCAGCAGACGAGAUUCUGCGGGACGAGGAUGAUGCCGUGACUGCUGUCGAGAAGCUGGGAAGCAUGAGGGCGCAGAACAAGUUGUACGGGACUGCUACCAAAAACAACCCCGGUCUGCCGUCGGUGGAAGAAUUGAUUCAACGUUACGGCCGUGAUGACGUCGUCAAUGCUCUCGUGACUGCGAGGCAGUCUAUCUUUAAGGAAGAAGAGACAAUGGCAGAGAUGUGGUGGGCACAGCUAGCCGGCGCGUGGAAGAGGGAUGGCAAGCCUAUUGCCGAGGUUGCUGAGAUACUCAAGGUUGACCAAGAUGAAAGUCUGACCCAAAAGCUGAAGAUGCUGAAAGGCUACAUCGGGCUCAGCACGACCGCUGUCCAUGACACUCUCCUCGAUACUAUGACGACAAAAUUGGGCGGGGAGGAGCAGCUUUUGACGUUUAUAGGGCGGACCAAGAUGAACGGCGAUGCAGAGCGUGGAGCUCUGAAACUGGAGAAGCUGCAAAUCGAGAAGUGGAAGGGUGAAGACAAGGAUCCUGCCCAGGUGCUGAAGCUCAUGCACAUGGACAAAAGCAUGGAUGCUCUGAUGAGCCCAAUGCUGGACACGGUGAUGCAGUACAGCGAUGCAUACAACACCAAGCAUCCCGACAAUAAAUUCUCUGUGCUCACGCCGAUCCGAGAAUUUCUCGGAGAUGAAGCUGUGGCGGAUGGCCUUGUUGGUGCGAGACAAGAUCGUCACAAUGUUGAGGCGAGGGAUAUUGCCAAGAAGCUGCUGAUAGAGCUAUGGGAAGAGGGGUGGAAGGAUGAAGGCAAGUCGGCUAAAGAGUUUAUCGCGUUCUUGCGGCUUCGCGGUGCCCAGGGCACAAAACGUUCAGCCAGGAUGGAACUUAAGGUACUGAUCGACUACAUACAGCUCUUCGACGACAAGACAUUUCAGCCGGGUUUUGCCUCGUUGUUGAAGAGAAUUGUCGGUGGAGACAAGGUGUUGGCAACCACGCUAUUGAAGGCGAUGGCUGAGAAGAUACGCAACUCGGGUAUUUACGAUGCAUACAAGCGACUACUCUACACGUGGCAAGAUCGUCGAUCACCGACGUUCAUAAGCAAGCGGUUUUCGACAGUCACGAAAGCACUGUUUGGUCGCCUACGGUGGGGUGCCUUCCACCACUAA